CGCUUACCUGCCUUUUCCCUCACGAUACCUACGCUCUUUACCGAGCACAGAAGCUUGGAAUCUCUGUGCUGUCACCUUUAUGGCCUUUUCUUUCGCUCAAAGCCUCGCUGUAGGCUGGUUUGGGCUCACUCUAUUGUGUCCUCAAGUUUCUGCCGCGCUUUACGAGGAUCCGUCGCAAUUACCAGCUCGGACUUAUGACUACAUCGUAGUCGGAUCGGGUGCUGGAGGAGGGACAGUGGCCUCAAGACUCGCUUCAACAUAUGAUGUUCUGGUCAUUGAGGCAGGAAUCAACGAUAUCGAGGACCCGGAAAUAGAAAUUCCCUUCGUUGCGCCAACGCUGACGCCACACACUCUGGUUGAUUGGAACUUUACCACCGUCGAUAUUCCCGGGCUGAACGGACGUAACUAUUCGUAUCCUCGAGGCUUUGUGCUGGGAGGGUCUACCUCCGUCAACACUCUGGCAUACAACCGUGGUUCUCGAGAUGACUGGGACCGCUAUGCCAACGUUACCGGCGACUAUGGCUGGUCUUGGGACUCAAUGGAGCCAUACUUUUUUGCUUUGGAGCACCUCUCCCCGUCGGCGUCCAAUGAAAGCUACGACGGAAAGAUUGAGGUCGAGAUUCACGGUACCAACGGUCCUUUGGGCAUCUCCGGCGACAAUUUCCCCCUCCAGAUAGACCCACUGAUAUUGAACGCCUCAAGCGAGGUCGGCGGCGAAUUUGCUUUCAAUCCGGACGUUAACCGAGGAGAUAUGAUUGGCAUCAGUUGGCAACAACAGACGAUCGCAGGGGGACAACGUGUUUCCUCUGCUAGAGCGUUUAUCGAUCCAAUUAUCAACGGAUCCAACCUCGACGUUGUCCUGAACACCAGAGUCCUCAAACUCCUCCAGACUGGAACGGUUGAUGGGCUCCCAUCUUUCCAGGGCGUCCAGUUCGCUACUUCACCCACUGCCCAGGUGUACAAUCUCACUGCGGCGAAAGAAGUGAUUCUUUCUGCUGGUACGGUCAUGACUCCUGCCAUUCUCAUGCACUCGGGCAUUGGAGACUCCGCGGAGCUCGAAAGCGUCGGUAUCGAGACGAUAGUCAAUAUUCCAGACCUGGGAAAGAAUGUCCAGGAUCAUCCCUUGACAGCUCUCACCUGGACGGUCAAUUCUAACUCCACGCUGGAUAACGUUACCAGCGAUGCCAACUUUGCCGCAUAUGCCUCCGAGGAAUGGGAGACCUCUCGUACCGGACCCUUCACCGUCACUGGUGGCAAUCUCUGGGGAUGGCAUCGCGUCGCCGCGAAUUCCUCCAUCUUCGACAACACAACCGAUCCUUCCGCUGGCGAGACUUCUGCACAUUAUGAGACUAUAUUCUUCGACUUGGGCAUCGACUUUUCGGGCGGCACAGUACCUCCUGGCCACUACAUAACCGCCCUCGUCAACCUCAUCGCUCCUUCUUCGCGUGGCACUAUUGCCCUAUCUACAUCCGACCCAUGGACCCUCCCCCUCCUCAACCCUAAUAUUUUGAACACGACGUUCGACGUGCAAGUCCUUAUCGAAGGCUACCAUAAUUUACGCUCCUUCCUUAGCACACCAGCCUGGUCAGACUACAUCCUCGAACCCUUCGGUUCAGGGGCAAAUGCGACGACAGACGAGGAGCUGGAGCAAUUCGCAAGGAACACAGCGAUCACUUUGUCGCAUGUAGUCGGGUCGGCAUCGAUGAGCCCUGCGACUUCGAAUGCAAGUGAGAGUGGCGGUGGCGUCGUGAACCCAGACUUGACGGUCAAGGGAACGGCGGGGUUGAGAGUCGUGGACGCAUCCAUCUUGCCUUUCAUCCCCAGUGGCCAUACUUCUGGCGCUACAUAUCUCGUCGGGAUGCGUGCUGCUGACCUGAUCCUGGGCGGUGCCACAAUGAACGCUACCGUGACGGCUUAGGAAAGUUGCUGUGGAUAUUGGUGGGUUCCAUAUUUUAUUGGUCGCGGACAUUGGUCCCUUUCGAUGUUUCCCAUUCCAUUUCCUCCUUUCUCGGUGGAUCAAGUCAAGAUCAUAUAGCUAUUUGGCUCUUUCGCUUUGGGGCUAAUAAUCGUGGUUACGAGGAACAUUAUUUUGCGUAUCAUUAGAAUCGUAGGAAUACCAAUGGUGAUACCCCCCCUCUUUGCACAAAUCUUGCAGCGCUCUGUCAGUUAGUUCAAGUUGCGAGAGGAAUUGCCGCAACCUUUCAAGACAUCGC